GCCGUAUUAUAGCUCGCUAUUUUCACGUUUUGGCGGUAGAAGUUUCACGAUUUCGGUUUUCGCUUUAGAUGGCAAUUGUUGCCUUGGAUAGUCGCAGGCUGUGUUGAUCGAUCGGACUACAUUUUUUUUUAGGUCUCUCACGAUUACCGCAUCGAUGUCGAGCAUACACCCUCUUGUGCUCUUACCAUCAUGAUUUCGUUCAUCGGCCGUUUGCCUGUUUCCGUCAUUUUCGAUGCUGAUUCGAGUUGUUGUCUUGUAUCUACUUCAGUCGCUCAUGAUCUUGGUCAUUCAGCACCAGGUUCUCGGUUCUUUGAGAUUCUCACGGCUUCCUAUGAUGGCCAUGCGCUUACGACCGACGUUGAGUUCAAGGUUGCGCGCGAUCUUGAUUGUGAUGUUUUGAUUGGGAUGAAUUGGAUUGCUGCGUGGCGCGCUGUUGGUCGGGAAGACGAGUCUUCUGUGCACCAUCCUUAUUCUUGUGCCAUGUCUGGAUCGCAAGCGACUUCGUGUAUACUUGGUGGCAGUGCCAGCCGUUUGCCAGAAUCUCCUGUCAGUGGCAACGUCGAUUUAUCCCAGUCUUCGUCCCUAGCAGGGGCAGUUUCAUCGUCUUGUAGACGUUCAAAAUCUAUUGUGCAUGACAUCUUGUUUAAAUCGUGUCGUUCGGGGGUCCGUCUGGGUCCUUGGUCGUCUGAAAUUGCGUUGCUCGAUCGGGUGUGUGCUUUGCACGGUUUAGAACUGAAGGGGCCUUAUUCUUUGCUUGAGCUGCGAAAAUCGUUGCUGCGACAUUUACUUCAUGGUGACUGCGUCGCUUCGGAUACACGUUCCAAGCAUCGUGAUUACACUGCAUGUCGUGAGAUUGCUUCAGGUUUUGCUUCUCCUUCGGAUCUAGUCGAGUUUACAUUGGAUGAGUUGACCUCUGGUUCAUUGCGCAGAGUAUUUGUAGCGGUUUGGAGUGCAUUGGUGAUCAAGAAGCACAUCUCAGGCAUAAAGCUAUCAGUAUUCUGAAUAUUUUUCGUAGCCGAGGUGUAUAUGAAAGUGUGUCGAAAUCAUUUCAGUCCGAGUCAUUGUUUUCUAAGGCGGAGCAUAUGUCUAAGUCUUCUUUGGAAGCUAUAGCGUCACGGCCGAUUCUCUGAUGCAGCAUGCUCGCAUAUCAACGAUGAGUUGUGCUUUGAGAAUGUUGAGGAUAACGAUAUCAGGACCAAUAGUUCUACAGAUACUUCGCAUGACACGAGCCAAGAUGUCGCGAAUUUGCAAAUUUCUGUUCUGAGUUCGUUGCGCAAAACCAUCGCGCGU